GAGCCACCUUUGCUUUCCUUCACUGAUCAUUCACCAACACCAACUCUCAGAUCUCAACAUGCUCCGAAGCUCACAUUUCACUCUAAACCUGUAAAUAAUUGCAAACCAAAUCCAUUUCGUUGAUACCCCACAAGGCAUAUCAAAGCGAAGAGAAAGAAAAAUGAGUUCCCAAGAACCCAAAUCGUCCUCAAAACCGAUCAAAUCCUCAAUUUCCCAGUCCUCCAGAUCCUCCUCCAUUUCCUCCCACAUGGCAAUGGUGGAGCUCAAGCAGAAGAUUCUGACCUCACUCUCCAAGCUCUCUGACCGCGACACCCAUCAAAUUGCCAUGGAGGACCUCCAGUCCACCAUACUCUCCCUCUCACCCGACGCCCUCCCCAUGCUCCUCAACUCCCUCUACGAUACCAUUUCCUCCGACCCCAAGCCCGCCGCCCGCAAGGACUCCCUCAGCCUCCUCGCCCUCACCUGUGCCACUCACCCCGUCCCGGCCUCCCCCCACCUCACCAAGAUCAUCGCACACGUCGUCAAGCGCCUCAAGGACAACGACUCCGGCGUCCGGGACGCCUGCCGCGACGCCAUUGGCUCCCUUUCCGCCCUAUACAUCAAUAACUCUACUGGUAAUGGCAAUGACAGUGUCGUGGGGCUAUUCGUGAGGCCUUUCUUCGAGGCUAUGGCGGAGCAGAACAAAGGGGUGCAAUCCGGUGCCGCCAUGUGUAUGGCCAAGAUGGUGGAGUGCGCUUCGGAGCCACCGCCCAUUCCCGCGUUCCAGAAGCUGUGCCCGAGGAUCUGCCGCUUGCUUAACAAUCCCAACUUCUUGGCCAAGGCCUCGCUCUUGCCCGUCAUAGCCAGCUUGUCUCAGGUGGGAGCAAUUGCACCUCAAAGCUUGGAGCAUUUACUGCAAAGUAUUCACGAAUGCCUUUGGAGCACAGAUUGGGCAACACGUAAGGCAGCAGCUGAUGCGUUGAGUGCUUUGGCAUUGCAUUCAAGUGAUUUGGUUUUGGAUAAAGCGGCUUCCACCCUGACAGUGCUUGAGUCGUGCCAUUUUGACAAGAUAAAGCCUGUUAGAGAGAGCAUGGCAGAAGCAUUGCAAUUAUGGAAAAAGAUUUCUGGAAAAGGAGACGGUUCUCCAGAUGACAAGACACCCUCUAGUGACGAUGAAAAUCCUGAACUAUCUAAUUUUUCUGAAAAAAAUAAUCUGAAAAAUCCAAAUCCUAGAGAGAGGGGAUCAGAGCAACCAGCUAAGAAUUCAUCUAAUGGUUCUUCCUCUUAUCCAGAUUCUGUUUCUAAUGACAAAGGUGGUAGCAUUGCAGAAAAAGCAGCUGUAAUAUUGAGGAAGAAAGCACCUGCACUUUCUGACAAAGAGUUAAACCUAGAAUUCUUCCAGAAACUUGAAACAAGGGGUUCUGAUGCUUUUCCAGUGGAAGUAGUUGUUCCUCGUAGAUAUCUCAAUUCUACAAACUCAAACAACAGUGAAGAAUCAGAGCCAAAUGAUACCAAAUCAAGGGGAAGGUCAAGCCACACUGGAAAUACCCAGUCUGGUGAUUUCAAUGGAUCUUUCAAUAAUAAAUAUCGUAAUAUCGAUACAGGAACUGCUUCUGUAUGUUCUAAACAGCACAAUCAUGAAGACAUUGCACGGAAUAAGAGGCCCGAAGAGAGUGCAAAUGGAAAAGACUCAAAAAUGAGAGCUUUUGAUGGUGAUGAUAGGAUUGAUGUAAAUCAGAGGGAGUCAUCUGGCAAUCGUAUAGGUUUCCCCAAAACUGAUGGUCAAUCUGAAGGAUCCUUCAUCAAUAACAAAGGAAAUUGGCUGGCAAUCCAGAGGCAGCUAUUACAGCUGGAGAGACAACAAGCUCAUCUGAUGAACAUGCUGCAGGAUUUCAUGGGAGGCUCUCAUGAUAGCAUGGUAACUUUAGAGAAUAGAGUAAGGGGUCUUGAAAGAGUUGUUGAAGACAUGGCACAGGAUUUGUCUAUAUCCUCAGGUAGAAGAGGAGGUAAUCUUGCAAUGGGAUUUGAAGGAUCUUCUAAUAGGUCUUUAGGAAAGUACAUUGGUUUCCCUGAAUACUCUAGUGCCAAAUUUGGAAGGGGUGGUGAUGGGCGUAUUCCCUUUGGAGAAAGACUUUCCCAAUUUGACGGAACUGCUUUGGGCAUGAGAGGAAGGGGCCCUCCUUGGAGAUCUGACAUGUCCGAUGCUUGGGAUUUUCCUACAUCUGGUACUUCCAGAAAUGGGCAGAUUGGCUCAAGGAGAGCUCUUGGUGGCAGUAGUAUGGAUUGCAGGUCACCAAAAUUGGAACAUGAGAAUGAUCAGUGUGGCAGCGGGAGAGCUUGGGAUAAAGGAGCUGGCCCUGUUAGGCUUGGUGAGGGGCCUUCUGCAAGAAGUGUCUGGCAGGCUUCAAAGGAUGAAGCUACCUUGGAAGCAAUUCGGGUGGCUGGGGAGGACAGUGGAACUUCUCAGACGGCAAGAGUAGCCAUCCCUGAAUUGACUGCAGAAGCUUUGGGAGACAAUAACAUUGCCCAUCACCGGGACCCAGUGUGGACUUCUUGGAGUAAUGCAAUGGAUGCACUUCAAGUGGGUGAUAUAGAUUCUGCCUAUACUGAAGUUUUGUCUACAGGGGAUGAUCACUUGCUUGUAAAGCUAAUGGACAGAUCAGGUCCUGCGCUUGACCAACUCUCAAAUGAAGUAGCAAGUGAGAUCUUGCACGCUAUUGGCCAAUUUGUACAAGCGCAGAACCUUUUUGACUUUUGUUUGUCUUGGAUUCAGCAGUUGGCGGAAAUAGUAUUGGAAAAUGGACCCCAUGUUUUUAGCAUUCCCAUGGAAGUGAAGAAGGAGCUUUUGUUGAAUUUAUAUGAAGCUUCUACUACAAUGGAUCCACCUGAGGACUGGGAAGGUGCCAUGCCUGAACAACUCUUGUUGCAGUUGGCAUCAACCUGGGGAAUUGAUCUGCAGCAGCAUGAGAAGUAGUCUCAUGCUUACAGCCUUUUUCGGUACGAUUCAGUGAUUGAGUUUAUACUUCAUACACGUCAUUCAUGUAUGUUGAAUGGAAUUUUGAGUAAACAGAAGAUUCUGAACAAGUAUGCAAUCGAGCAAUAAGGCAAGCAAUUGAAGCUGGAAUUGUAGGUUUUUCUU